CAGUGUAGCGUGCAGUUGUUGUGCAAAGCUUGAAGUUUUCACAGUGAACCUUGUGUGCUUUUACAUAUAAGGGCAUCAAUGUGACUUUUUCCGCUAAUUUUCAUCAAGAAAAAAAGUGACGGACUUUAUUUUUGUCGGAUCUAUCGAUACAGGUAGGAAUGAUUGCUUUGUAAGGCGAUCUGGAAAGCCAAACCUUCAAACGUGGCAAGGUGUAUAAACUUGGGCACGCCGUCGUUCGAUGAACUUUGUGGUAUAUUUUGCUUAUUUAUCCUUGCGUUGCUUAGACUUUAAACGAUGAUCAUUUGUCAAGGAAUAUUUAUAUUACAUUUUAUGGACAUGCAAGGGAACGAAAUGUUUUUAUUUAACGGUUUUGGUCUCUUCGCGCGAGUUAAGCUUACUUCUCAUUUAGCCACGUAAUGGCGGCAAGAGUAGGUUUGUCGCGCGAAAGGAUAAGCAUAGAAAUAACAAUUGUCUUUUUUUCCAUUGAGCCACUAAGUUGUUAUUUAUCGUAAUUGAAACAUAUGUGAUCGAUUUUACAGAUGUUAAGAUAUAACAACAACUCUAUUGAUCAUAGAUUUUGUUAUUGUAAUUUUAAUGUUAGCAGUACUACCUGUAGUGGUUCUUGUAGUUGUGCAAUUUUUAUAGCACAUGCAGGAGCGAUUUUGCGAAAUUUAUGCUUUGUUACCAAGUGUUACAAAAUCAAGCAAGAUAUUAUGAGAAUUAAACAUACAUAAGCCUUUUGUUUUUGUGUGGAUGUUUGAGUGGGGUUUUGAAGGUCAGACAUGAUUUUGAAUACUUCCAUAGCUAGCUAGGCCAUACUGUAGUUUCGAAGAUGUGGGCAGGCGGACAUCAUGACCCUUCUGCAAAUGCCCAGCAAUGGUGGCCAAUGUCUUACAACUACCAGUAUCAAAAUCCGCAAGCAGGUAAGCAUUGAGAUCUUUUGCUUUUCAGUAAGAGGCAUACGAGAAAUAUGCAUCUCGCAACCCCUCAGGAAACUCGGUUGCACAUAAGUUAAGCCCUGCCAGUUGCGGCUAAAAACUGUUUUGGGCGACCAUCCUCGAAGAUCCUUUUGCGGGGACUGCCACUCACAGACUACCUUGCAGUAACAAUUUCCAGCAUGAAAACUAUAUGUAUCUCCCUAGAUAAUACAAAGGAAAAAUCAAAAACAAAAUAAGGGAACAAAAUUUGUCUUUAUAGUUUCAUUGUGCUACAUUAGAGAGCAAUAAUUAUGGUUCUCAUUGUUCUUGUUAAAAAUUGCUACAGUGAGUCCUGGGAGUCAUCUAGUGAAAACAAAAACAAACAAACAAACAAAAAUAAGCCCCAAUACUAAAAAUAGUAGUAGAACUUUUCAUUCCAAUCAUUGUCAGGAGCAGUGUCAGAACUGUACUUGAAGCUCUGCCAUGAAUACUGUCACCCAUGGGAACUGUCACUCAAACAGAAUAUUGGCAAUCAAUAAAUCAUGCUUAAUUGUGUGCUUUGAAUCACUGGUAUUUUAUGGUUUGGAGGGAUUUUUAUAAAUCAGCAAUUCAGGGAUAAACAAUCAUUGCCCUUAUUAAAUAGUGUGAAAAGUAAGGUCAUAAUUUGGCGUCAGGUAAAAGCUUGUUUAUUCCACCUACAUACAUUGUACAUGUAUUCUUUUAAUUCUGAUCCCUGGUAAAGGGGCAAGUCUUAAUGAAGGAAUUCUGCAGUUACUCCUAAAAGACACAAAUGUAAUAAUAUGAUAAUCUGGAAGACAGUUCAGUUUUAAAGGUGAUUUGAUUGUUAGUCCAUACUCAUAGGCGACAGAACACAGUAUACUGCGGUGCUGGGAGAGUCAACUUUUACCAUUGACUUUUGUUUUCUGUCAGUGUAUUGAGUGUGAAAUGUCAGUGUGUGUCUGUGACUUAGAAAAAAUGCUUGUAUUCAUUGUAACAAUGUGUUUUUGUCUUUCUUUGAAUAUGAAAACUCUGAGGUUAAGAUGUACAGUAAGUGCUCAAAAGAUUAAGGGAGAAAGGUGCAUGCGGAUUAAAGUUGUACUCAAUUUCAAAAUAAACUGGAAAUACAAAACUGUACAUAACUGUAGGCUGUCAUGUAUCAUAUCUGGAUAAAACGUAGUAACUUGUCAUCCUAAAUAAUGUUUUCUUACCAUGUGAGGUAACUUUGUCAAAAAAAAUGUUUUAUGUUAUAAAAGAGGUAAUAGUAUUGAGAGGUGUUAAGGUGAAACAUUUUUUAACAUUUAGACCCAAGCCAAGACUGGGCAGCCAAAGCAGCAUUAUGGGCUCAGCAGAGAAUGGCACAAGAGCAGAUGGCACAGUACUACCAACAACAGCCUCAACCACCAGUGGACCACUCUCAGAUGUAUCAGCAACCUGUAUACAGUGGCUACCAGCCAGAUACCCAAGUGAAAAUAGGACAACCGCCCCCUGCUAAUGUCAACAAUCAACAGUUUCUACCAGAGGUCCAGGCACCACCAAUGCCGCCAGUGGAAGAAGGCGAACCACCAGUCCCAGGAUGGCAAGGUGAAGAGGGUAAUCAUAUGGCUGAUAACAUCGAAACAGUAGCCAUGGAUGAUGAAGUAGAGGAAAGAAGUGGAGCUGAGACUCAAGAGGUUACAGACCAUGUUCACGUUGAACAGUCUCAAGAAAGAGAAAAACAGAUCACCGUCACUCAAGAUUACAAUCACCAACCUCCACCAGCCCUACAAGGAAUGCAAACAUUUGACCAUAAUCACGGGUUUAACCGGCCUCCUCCGCAGCAGCAGUUCAGCCAUGUAGCAGCUCAGCCCAUUGAUUAUGGCCAUGGUCAUCAAACUCUCGAUUACGGACACCAAGGUCCUCUUGUUCCAGGGGCACAAGUUUAUGAUUAUCAUCCUCAGUAUGAUAGUCAUUAUUAUCAUCAGCAUCCUUACGAAAUGGAACGUCAUCAUCACAGGUUUGCACAUGAACAUGGUAAACCCAAAGGCCAUCCUCCUGUUGAAUCAAUUCCUGAUAUAAGUGGACUGAGUGGUAAGUACAUUGGCCACUGUUUUCACAAGCUUUAGGGUUUCAUAGUACUGCACUGUUCGUUUGUUCUUGAACAAAGAUGGGCUUGAACAUUAUAAAGCAAUUACAGUGAAAUGAUUGAUUUCACUGCAAGUUAUUUUGUUUAGUAGUGUCUUUUUUCAUGGAAAUCCAGAAGUGAGAAAUAUGUAGAACUUGCACCAAACUGUUACCAGUAAAAAUUAUACUCAAAUACCUGGUGAUGUCGACUGUGCUUUUUUUUAGAGAAUUAGACUGUAAGUAUUUUACAGGUAUGUCAACAAAGUGCAAAGUGCAUUUUUAAAUUAGUUUUGACAGAGUUUAAGCUGUCGUUUUACUCCGCUGAAAUUGAAAAAAAUGAUAAUUUUUUUUAGAUGUGAAGAAGAAAGCUCUUCCUAUGUGGAUAAGAGAGGGUCUUGAAAAGUUGGAAAAGCAGAAACAGAAACAGAAAAAACAAGAUCAGCCAGAUGAAGAAGAACCAAAGAAAUCAAGCCUGAAUUUGUCUGGGUCAGCUUCUAGCAUAGCUGGUUAUGAUCAUGGUAAAGUUGAUUCUCCAGUGCAUUCACCAAAAAGCAAUGAUUCUGAUGAGGUAAAUGAUAAUAAAGCAUUGUGGUUGAGUUUAAUAAAAAUGGGAAACUAUUUGAAUACCAUGGACGUACAGUGUAGAUGCAUGUACCGUCGGUUGCAUCUAAGCAUGUACACGUGAGGAAAAAAACAUGUUCUAAUUGGGUGCAAACAUGUCAUGUUUUGCGGCCAAACAUUCGAAGUUUGGAGUACGCGGCUGUUGUUGACUUGAUUCAUUUUCGCUCAAUGAAAUAUUCUUUGCAAGAAUUUUUAGAUGUUAAGAAUAACUUCUGGAGGCAAGUGUGCUGUUUCUGAGCGAGAAAUAUGCCUGAAAGUUAAGAAAAAUGAGAUAAGAGUGGAACGCAUUGAUCAAAAACAUAUAAACAAUGUUGCUUUGGCGCGACAGUUUGCUUUAAUGGCUGUCAAACUUCAAAAAUUAAUGUUUGGCGACAAAACACUUCAUGUUUGGCACCUUAUUUAGAUGCAACCUAUGGUAUUUACAUUGUAUAUGCACCCAUGUGACCAUACUUGUACAUAGGAUUUAACUCUUUAAGUCCCAAGAGUGACCAACAUCAAUUUUCUCCUGACAAUAUUGAUACAUCAUCAAAAGAAAUGGUUAUGAGAAUUAACAAAAUGAUCAACAAAGGAGAAAUGCGUUGAUCUCUAUAAGGCAAUGUAUGGACAUCCAUAUUGUGGAGAAUUUGUAUUCGGAUAUUGGGGCUUAAGGGUUAAUGCACUAAUUAGGGCUUUACCAUUAAAUGGGAUUCAACAAAUUAAGAUGAAAUCUAUCAGGAAAUUGACUAAUUUAAAUUUCCAGUGGACAAAAAUUUUGUACCAGAAUAUUUAAAGCCAUAUUGCAUCCUUUUUUGCACUUUUCAAGGGCUGUAGAUGUAAUUAUUAGUUAUCUGUAAUAACACCAAAGACAAUUUCUUAUGAGAGCCCAAGAAAAUAAAUUCAAAUUUCGCAGGAAUUGAAAAAACACAGGUAAAAAAUAACUAUCAAGCAUAAGAUUUCAUUGUGUGAAAUUUGAAGCUUUUGAAGGUUAGUGAAGUUUGUUUUGUCGGGCUCCAAUAAGAACCUUUUCUUUGGAGUUAUUUCAUACAAUUUUUUAUAGCCCUCGAAAAGUGUGAAAAAUAUUUCUGGUAAUUAUUCUGGUACAAGGUUUUGUCCACUGAAAAUUAAAAUUACUCAAUUUUCUAAUGGAUUCCGUCUUAAUGUUUUGUUGAUAGGCCGUAAAAAUUUAAUUUAGUUGUGUUAAACACAGUUGAUUUUUAAAGUAUUUUUUCUUUGAAAAUUUGUAAGGGGAAAAAAAUCAUAAGGCUGCAAAUAAAUGUUUUAAAGGCUUCUAUUGGAUCAAUACCUUCUGUGAAGUAGUAGAAUUAAAAGUUUCUGCAUGUCAAUAGAAACAAAAUUGAAAUAAAACAUUGUAGUUGAGGCAAGUAAAUGGAGAAAUUGAAUUCAAGUAUUUAAGUAAGGUAUGUUUAGUCAAGGGAUGGAUGGAUGUUAAAGUAAACCGAACAAAAAUUGUACUCAAAUUGACAGACCUGAAGUGUGUUUCCGUUAUUUUUUGGUUUCUCUACCUACAUUACAAGAUUUUCUGCACAGUCCAAAAGCAUACAGUAUAGAUGCAAAACCAAAGCAUUUUGAAAUAUAGUUUUCAAAGUACUUUUAUCCGUUAACUGAAAACCACCUUUACUUGUUACUAAAGGAGGUUGAUGAGGAGAAAAAAGGGGAACACCAGUCAUCAGGAGAGGAAGGUGAAAAGGAGGCUCCAAGAAAAAGCUCUUCUGUUAAAGCACGUCACUCUAGGAAAGCAUCCCCACCACACAAGAAGGCAGAAUCAUCGGAUGAAGAAGAAAAUGAGAAGACUGAGGAGGAAAAGCAGCAAGAACUUGUAAGUUUUUUUAAGAGCACACUUAAAUGUAAAUAAAUUGUAUUGAUCAUUAAGUAGUGGUAACCAGUGAAUGAAACUUACAUUUGAGGAUUACCAUAAAUGACCUACAUGUGUAAUAAAUGCAUGGGGAAUCUAUUAAAUGUUAGGAGUCGGGGUGGGGGCGUUCGGAGGCAAGAACUCACUCAGCUACAUUUUAUAUUUUUUUGAUAUUAUAACAGUUAACUCUCUGAGAGGGACACCUUCAGAACUGCGACUAAGUGUCUAUCUUCGAAAGAUGUUCAUCGUACAUGUAUAGUGAGCCAACUAAUAACAAAAGGCAGGACAAACCCUAGUUACAUGUACAUAUCUGUUUAGCGAGGUGUCCGUUUAGAGCGAUUAACAGUAAAUCCCACACAGCACUUUAUUUUUAAGCACUAUACUGUGGGGUACAAUGUAAACGGUUUUCAGAAGGUACUUCAUUGUUUCUUUAGAUAAAACUGUAUCAGUGCCAAAUUUAUAUAAACAAAAAGACUCUCACUCUUCUUAUCAGAUGACUUUACUACGUGUAGCUUUGCCUGAGUGUAAAAUGCAGCAAAACUUAAAAGGUCAAUUAAUUUUUCUAUUCCAAACUAACAUGAGUGGAAAUUGUGAUGAAAACUGUUCUCUCGAGAAAUCUCCUGGAGCUCAUGGCUUUAGAACCAGAAUAGUUUUCAUAAGUACAAUAUAACAUGCACAUACACUGUACAUGUUUACAUAGAAAGUUCAAAUGGGGUUGUCUUAGGGCUUGCAUAAGUAGAGCUGUGUACUUACAAGUCAUGUACAGCUAGCUAUACAAAAGUGACCUUUUAGAGUACUUUGACUUAACUUAUUGUUUUUCACACAAUUUCAGAGCUCUGAACACUUCAGACAUAAAGUUAAAUGCAUUCAGUGUCUGGCAUAUGUCUAUUGAACGGCGCUUUUUUGUUUUGUGGCUCAACAAACAAUCUAUGAAAAAUAUACUUUUUUCAUUUCAUGCGAAUUUGGGGUGGGGGUGAGAGGCCACUUGUUUUGAUUACAUUACAUGGUAAGUGAAGAGUGCCAGUCUCAUUCAGCCCAAAAAGUGCGUCAGUUUAUGUGUCCAGGGGAACGUUUUUAGUUUUGAUUGUGCAAUCUGUUGUAUUCUUUACUCAGCAUUAAGAGAAAGUGGGGAUGCUUUGUCCCUGCCCACAAAAGCCUAGCAUGCAAUUACAAAAAUAAUGACAAUAUCAAAAUUAAAAAUGGGGCAGUUUUGCAUUAUAAUCAGCCGUCUUUCUCUGGACUCUUGGAGUGUUUUAGUGUCUAUUAUAUUAUUAAUAGCUGUUUUUUUAUGGUUUUCAGAUGGUGAAUAUCCGCAAACUGCUGACGGAAGUUCUCUUAACGGUAACUAAUGAAGAGUUGAAAAAAAUUGCUCAGGAGACUUAUAAUGAAGCGCUGCGAGGUACAUAUCCUGUCAUGCUUAGUGGUGUUCUUUACCAAGUGCUUCUGGUUGGCCAUCAGUAACGUGACUAUUUUCUGUUGUGUUGAAUGAUGUUGUAGGUCCUGCACGGCAGUUACAGCAUUCUGGAGGUUUAGAUGCUCUUCGAGGAAAAGGAGGUUAUUUAGGUAUGUUCUGCCACUCUUUAUGCAUUUCACUGAGGGUGACAAAAAUAAUGUUAUUUAAGAGAAAUGUAGGUUUUACCAUGUAAAAGUAACAAGGGUGUUUGAUUUGAAUGGUUACACAAGAGAUAACUUUCCACUGACUAGCUUGACUUGUUAUUAAAACUACAUGAGCAUGUACUUGAUGUUGUUUGGUUUGUCACGUGAGUACAAAAAUAGGAAGGACAUGUAACAGUAAAUUGAUAAAGCAUUUAUUUGUAUAAUUAAAUGUAAAUGAAUAAGAAGGUACAAACAACUAGAACAAGUAAGGCUGUAUAAACAGUAGAACUACAUCUUCUGUCUACUUUGUUGCUUUAAAAGGGAAGUGUCAUGGAUAAGUAAUAUACAUGUAAAUGAAAUAAAAAAGACUGCAGCCAUUGACAAGGCAGCCAUUUUGGUGGUUAAUAUAGUACAUUUUUUUUCUUAGAAUCUGCAAGAUAGAGUUAAGUUCCCAGUGGAGAGAAACUCUUUUCUGUUCUUAACCCAAUAUGGUCUUAGUGAUGUCACGUUCAAACCUGCAAUACAGCAAUAUGAUUUUAGUACAAGUACUUCCACAUAACUUUUCUUCUUUCACCAUGUUCGAGAAUUACUGACUUUUUAAAAUGAAUAAUAUUAAGGUUAGUACUCAGUGACUGUUCCUGAUGGAAAUGGCUUAUUUUCUUUCCCAAGAAUCCCUGGCGUAAAUUUUGCGAUUCAGUAGAAACAAAAUCAACUAGUUUCUCGAUGCUCAAUGGACCAGUCAUUAAGUGAUCUGUUAUACUGCAGUGAUCUGUUAUAAAGCCCACUAAGAGUUGAAUUUUAGGCUGCCACACAACAAUUGUAGCCAGUUGGAAGAGUGGGGGGGUUUCAACCAGGGAUUACCAGCACUGACCACUCAGUUGUGCUAGGAGUGACUCUGAUAUGUUGCUAAUAAUAAUUAUCUUGCCUUUUCGAGUAGCCUGUGACAUCAGAGCAUUUGCAUACAGGUUGGAGAGCUUGCCAUACAAAAAAAAUGUACAGCAAGAGUGAAAUCUCGAUAAAUUGAACCCCAUACAGCAAACACCCCAGUAUAACAUUCAUGGCAUAGUUGUAGUGAAAUGUAUGGAACAGACCCAUAAGCUAAAAAUGUACCCAUCUCGUUUGUUAGAUUGGGUCUUAGACUUUCUAAAAGUCCUUUAUUUUUUUCCUGGUUGUUUAUGCCAUUUUAAAGACUUUCCAUACCUGUUUGGCGCGAAAUUCACAGGUCGAAAAUUCUACCGGUGACGUCAUGACAAUUGACCAAUAGGACAGUGAGUGAUAUUUCACGCCGCUCCCGAUAGAGCAUGUCAAUCAUAUGAUGAUUCAAAUCCAUUCAGGCGAAACAAGUCGACUUCGAGACUUCGUUGCUCGUUCGGCCGCUGCGCGACCUCAUGCAAUGAAGCUUGCUUCGCUCACUUUUAAGAACUUAAGCAAGGUCGACUUGUAGCAAGUCUAAUUGGGUCUCUACUGUCAAUUUAGACUAACGCAUCAUGUAGGGGAGUAUUUAAGCAUUUUCCACUCAUUGAUUGUUCGUUUCCUUAAAUACUGAACUAAGCAUGGUUUGUACAGUGUUUUAUUGAAAUUUCGUAUCUCCCCGCGGCCAGGUAAUGUUUUAUUAUUUUAUUAUCUAAACCUCAAUGAGCUGCCAAACCAUUUCAUUGUAGUAGUUUUUUGCAGCGAAAGGCGCAAUUCAUCAUGUAGCCAUAGCAACGGUGAUCUUUUCACAUGUGAAGAUAUUGGGUGUGUUCCUUUCGGCGAAUCCAAAAACGGAUUUUUGAUCCUAGAUUUGCCAGAUUUCGCGGUCGAAAGGAACGCGAAAUCCGAAAUUGGAUUUGUAACCUUGGUAACCUUUCGCCAAAGCGUGCAGUAUGCACGACAUCCUCCCAAAAAAUGACGUGUUUUCUACUGUUUGACAAAUUAUGCGAUUAUACCGUGCAGAAUUUAGUGGUCGGCAGUUCGAAUAGCGACGAUGGAACGUAUAAAACAGACAAAGGAAGAAGCGCAUUAAAAUUGAAAAUUAUCUAAAGAUUGUCGGCCAGUUUGAUCCAGUUCCAUAGCUCGGGUUUUUUUAUGUAGCACGUUCGAGUGCCUGUCGCGUCUACAAGCGAGUUUGUAAUUAGAUAGCAGUUCAUUUGUUACUUUUACUUAUUUCUGAUUUCAAGCCAUCUUUAGAGACAAGUGGUUAGUAUAUGGAUAUUUUAAUGUACCUGGAACAAUCUUCUAGUGUUUUCAGAUGUUUUGCGGCAAAUGACAGUAACGAGGAAACUCUACGACCUCUAUGGGAAUACUUCAACUGGAAAUACCGCUGGAUCAUCUGACUAAUUUCGGAUCCACUGUGAAUGGAACAGCGUAGAUCACUAAUCCGUUAAUCUGGAUUUGGAUUCUUCGGAUUUCAAAUCCAAUGAAUCCUUUUUCAAAAAGGAUUCACCAGAUCAAAAAUCCGGAUUUGGAUUUGCCGAAAGGAACGCGAAAUCCGUUCUUAGAUCUAAAAUCCGUUUUUGGAUUCACCGAAAGGAACGCACCCAUUAUCAUGUUUUCGCGCGAAAGCUUACCCGGUAUUUCAAUGAUACAUUAAUUUUAUCCACAGUAACUACAAUCCUGGACAAAAAUCCUUGGGACAGUACCGCAAUAUUCAUACUUUUCUGUCAUUUCUCGGUUCCCUCUUAAAACAGUACAUCCGUUUCGAAAUUUUCUUGCUGUUCUCCCUCCCCCCACCCUAUACAAAGUUGAAACUCGGAAAAAAUUCUGGAUACACGCGUCCAACAUUGUUAGGAAGAGGUUGGACCUGUGUGAAUUGCAAAACGCUCCAGAAACGCAAGUGUCCCAAGACUUUUUCCAUGAUUGUCUGAAAAAGAGGUGGGAAGAGAAAAGGCAAUUUUUUUGAUUCCCUAAAAAUUUUCAUCAAAAAAAUAUUGCAGAACUAAAUUUCUUACUCGCUCUGAAACUCAAAUUUUAUUGUAAGAAAAAUAAUUAUACGAAAUGAAUGUUUCAAGAGCGUUAAAACACAGCUGAGUCUUAUACUCGUAUUUUCGCGGGAACAAUUAAAUAUCCUAAAAUUAUUCAUCUUAGAAACGCUAUGAAACUUAAACAAACAAACGGUACUGCACUUGAUAAAAAUACUUCUGCUCGUUAAUAAGUGACAAGUUUUUGUGGUAAAUUUUAGGUUAGCUGGAGCAUUUUGCAUUUUAGGACUAGACUGUUAAUUGCUGCUUAUUGCUACUGGGCCCUUUAAAGCGUUUGAUGCACCUUUUCAUUGUUUUGCACAGGCUACAUUGUAUUACUAUCAAUAAACGGAGGAGCAGGUCAUUUUUAUGUCAGAAGAGGUCGUUAUCUUUCAUGAUAACGUACUUUUUCAAUUCUGUGGCCACAAUAAUGACCUGGUUCUAGAUUAAUUGAAAUUUGUAUUAAAUCGGGAAAUGCUUUCGCUCCUCGGCCUUCUAGACAAAUAAUACGCGCGAGGUCAUUUUUAAGUCGGCCCUUGAUCUCGGGUAUUGUCCUAUUUUUUAUUUGAUCUGUAGCACUAACAGAUGAUUUUAUAGACACUGUUUUCAACUUCCGACCGGGACCAGUUAACGAAAAUCUGUGAACACGGGUCGAAAGAACGCCAUAAAAUCAGUAGAGUUGUUGAAAACUAACGAAGAUAGAGCAUCGCGAAGUCGCGCAGUUUUACAGAUGUUUGUCUGGUGGCUAUUUCGUGCCCUUCGCCAUACAAACUUUAUUGAGACUCUAUGGCCAUAUCUUCUCUUGUUUCGGACGUAUCGCAUUUAAAAUUGAUGAUUCUACUUAUUUUAAGUAUCUUUUUCCGGCAGUUUCGAUAGACAUUCGCGUACUUCUCUUUAUCAAAAUUUGAAAAAAAACUGUGGAAGGAUCUAUUCUUGCCGUUUGUCGCACAGUCUUUACUCAAAUGACAAAGAAUGUUGUAAACUACAAGCAGUAUCCCUUUGUUUCUUAGUCCGUCUAGCGAAACGGACGAAAUACUAAAAUGACCACGCGCGUGAAUGGAGGCCGCCCUUGUUUCUCGCGGCUUCGACGCUCGCGCGCGCGUCACCCCCCUGACUAAUCUGAAGAAAAAGAGAGAAUGCUCGCACUCUAAAGGUGACGUUACACGAGACGAUUCGCAACCACGAUUUUUAGCGCAACACGGCGUUGCGACGUUGUUUCGAAUGGUUACAACAUUGUUCCAACAUUGCAACGUUGUGUUGCGCUAAAAAUCGUCGUAGCGAAUCGUCACGAGUAACAUCACGUUAAUGUGGUUAAAAUUUUCUUUCAGGACUAGGCGGGUAUGGUUCAGAUAGUGGAAGUGAAUCUGAGCAAGAAUCAGUUGGCGAAAGAUCAUCUGCUUAUUAUGAGGACAGAAAACAUCCAAGUGCAGACAUAGAAGAGAAGCAGGAAAUACGAAGAAGCCGUUCUCGCAGUUUUUCCAGAAGAGUCAGCCAGAAAGACGAUGCGGGUUCUGAAAGUGAAGAAGAGGAGGAAUCGAAACGUUUAAAACACCAUGAUGCAGGCAGUAAGCACGUGAAGAAGGAUAAACGAAAUCGAAGCCCUUCAUCCUCUGUCAGCGAGAGCUCAAGUUCCGUUUCAGCUCAUCAUAAAAGUCGGCGGAAGAAGCAUCAUCGAAGAGAAAGAAGCGACAGCUCAUCACCAAAGCGCCGGCGGAGACAUCGUCGACACCACGGAAAAAAGAGCCGAUCUCGAAGUAGAUCGCCGCGGAAACACAGUAGCAAGAAGAAAUGGAAGAGUGAGAGCGAAUCGGAGAGCGACACCGAGAGUAGAACUUCGAGAAAACAAAAAUCAUCAAGACAUAGUCGGGAGUAUUCUGACAAGAAGCAUCGUCGAAAACGAAGAUCUUCCAGUUCAUCAUCGCAUAGUGAACGGGAGGGUAAGAAGGACAGAAAACGUAAGGCGUGAUCAUCCCGUGGAUCGUCAAGGUGGAUUGUAGUUUAUUUUUGAAUUGUAUUACGAUCUGUUGUAUAUAUUUUUCGUGAGUACAUCAUAAAAUAAAAUGACCAUCAAUAAGCUGUCGGUCUCUGUGAAGAUUCAGGUUCACACAGUAAGACGCGCGCUUUUAAUUGUCCAUGUUACACCCAUCUCACCUCAAAUCCAAACAAGAGUAUUGACAGACCGACCGACUGACUGAUCCAGAAAAAUUUAAUUUCGUUAACUUAUGGAAACUAGUUUAUUUGGCAAUUUAAAAAGAUUUAAGGCGACAUUUGGCGGGCAAUUCCUCUAGCAGUGCGUCAGAGAACAACUGAUUUAUCAACCAACCAACUGUUCAGCUUUGUGACGGACAUACUAGUCGAUAACUGGCUUAUUGUUCAGGUGAUUGUAAUACCUCAGCGUAGACACGACAUUUAUCGGCAUUACCAGUACCCCUUCAGAGCACCAUUCCUCGUGUCCACUCCAGGAGUCCUUGCACUAGUGGCCUUGGAGGUUACAAAUUGUGUUUUUGAUAUAACGGUGCUGAUUUUUUUUUUUGUAUUUCGUUGCAGGUUAAACUGGGAAAAAAGUAAUGAUGUUUGUCAUGAGUAUACCGGGUUUCUGUUGCUGUUGCCUCUUAUAGAAAAGAAGUAAUUAUUUGGUGAGGUGUUUUUGGUUCCCGAACAGAAAACGUUAACUGAAUCAGUAUCAGCAUUAAAGCUGACUCGGAUUAAUUAUUUCGUACAUUGUACAUUUUAGAAAUUUUAUUAAAAUUUUUAUUGACAUAGUUUUGUUGUUCUUAUGUUUGAGUAAGUUUUCGAGUCGUUCUCUUAACCCUAGGCCAAGCGUCGAACUUUUCAUUGGACGAACCAAACUCAGUGAGUCAAGUUCAUAAAAAGUUGGACGUCUGGCUCAAUUUAGUUCGUUUGAAUGAGUUUGGAUCGUUCAACACGUUCUAUCCGUCUGUUUCAGACGUCUGAAGAUCGUCUCCGGGACAAACGUCGAUCUUCACAGGCGACGAACUAAACUAAGUAAUUAACAAUUAGUAUGAUGAUGUAUAUUUUAGAUUCGUUCGGGAGAAAAUUUAUUCCUGGGCCCGGUUCCUCGAAAGAUGGUUAAGUUUAAUCCAGGAUUAAGCCAAAUUUUAAGCAAGGUUUUCUUGUCUAAGAACAUGUUACUCGAGCUUACAAAAUACUUUGUGUCUUUACUCCGAGAUUCAGUGAUGAUAACAUAGAAUUUUACUCUACGAAAUGCACAGGAAGGUAAAUACAAAAAUGGAACAAAAUUUUUAAUCCGGGAUUAGCGAUAAUCGGCCUCUCAGGAACUGGGGCCUGAUCUGAUUCACUUGGUUAGUUCGACGCGACCUAAGUUCGACGUCUGCAGACCCACGAUCUUUAUUUAGGUCGACCCAAAUUAGAGUUUGGCUCAUGAAAAGUUCGACGUUUGGCCUAGUUGGUGUCCAAAAAUGGAAGAGACAACGUGCAGUAGUUAUCACUUUGGGCGUUAGAGAUCAUCGCAGUCAUGUACGAUACUUGAGCAGUCACAUGCGAGAAGAAAGCCAGGAAAACGAGACUUAAAUCCUAACCUAUGUCGGUGUAGUGUUCAAACCACCGAGGUUAGCUUGCGAGCAAACUCUCCAUUCGUGGAGUCCAGAGAAGUCAUGCGUGGGCGGCUCGCCAGCCUCGCACGCCAUAAAUGGAGAGCUACGUAGCUCGCAGGCUUCACCGAGGAGCUGGUCACUUUUUCAGUUCGUUGUAUAACCGUAGAAAGUGAGUGUAUAUUUUAUAUGAGCUGCGGGAGACAAACGUAACACGUGAAAGAUUGUGAUGUCGCAUUUUGUUACGCAGUUGCGCUGUUUUGGGAGUUUCAUUCAUUUGUGACUAGACUUACUAGCUUGCAAGUAAUCAGAGCAACAUUAUAACUGGACAAAAUCCCCUUAAUUUGAUCUUAACCGGUUUCAGAUAACACGGAAACAAUCUUAAAGCGCUUUCCAUUCGUCGGAACCGGCCGGCCGGACCAGUCAGUUUGAAUUGAAAUCGGUUUUUUCUAAGAGUUUUUUGCUGAAACACCAUCUUUUUUCUUGCAUACUAUAGUUUUGAUUAAAAGUGAAAUUCUCGUUGCGACGGGAAGGUCUGCACGGUCAGUUCUGACAAAUGGAAAGCGCUCUUAACCUGCAAUUCAUUCAUUAAAAUAAGGCUCUAUUGCGUGGAUUUGCUGUGCAUUUGCGUGUUUGUGGCCGGAAUUGAUACUCCGAAACUAUCCUCGGAGACCCAGGGGCAGUCAGUCGGGCGGGGAGAAAAGGCGCAACGAAAGUUUUCAAGCAUCGGUGCCAGAUUUUGCAUCUGGAUCAGAAGGCCGCGAAGUGUACGACCUUUGAACAGCUUUGUGGUAAGUUUUAGCUCUUUAUAGCACGACAGUGGCCAGAAAACCGCUCGACUUAGCUGCAAAACGCGUUUUUUGGCAAAGUCUCGAGGGGCGAAUGGGGUCUAGGAGAAAGUCAAACUUAGUUUCCAGUCCUUUACCGUUAAGUGCGGAAAGUAUGUGUUCUGAUAGCCUGCGUACCUAGCAGGCGCGCGCCCCCUUCUUUCCUACGCCAUUAUACUUCCAAACGCCUUCUACGCAGGCUGGUGUUCUUAUCAACCGUUUGACGUGAAUUCAUCUGGUGUUAAGAUCAUCAUGUGAGUGUUGUCCCGUUUCAUAUCGAACGUAAAUCUUCUAUUAAGACCGCGUCGUCAAAGUGGAUUCCGAAGUAAAAAGCAACAGCUUUGAGUAGAUUGACAAAGGACUCCUUUUUGAGAAUGGUUUAGCAUUCAACCUCGUUUGAGAGAAAAAAAACUGCUGAGCUAUACAUAUUUUUUUAUUCCGUUACUGAUAUAUACAGUGGGACUUCCUCCUGGCCAUGGCUCCUGAUCGCUGAAGAAUAGCCUGCAAGGAAAUAUAAUUCUUCUGCCAUAUGGCCUCCACAACUGCCUCUUCCGUUUUCUGUUUGUAACUGGUGUCUGGAAAAGCGAGCCUCGUCUCCAGGGCAUUUAAUCUUAAAAAUGGGAGGGCGGAGUUGUGACGAUGGCGGAUUGACAAAAGUCUAAAGCAUACAGUGAGCAUAUGACGGUUGUUGUACGGUGCACUCUACCAUAAGCCUGUAACUUGUGACAGCUCCGUUUAAGGGAUCUCAAACUUUUCAAUAGCCUGCGCGCAGACGAAAUUAAACUCUGGUUAACUCCGUCUGCGAAACAGCGCCGAAAUCCUUGUUCUGGACUUCCAGCUGUGUACCCAGAUUUGACUACGCGCCACGAUUGGCCAGUUAAAAAAGGCCUUUGUUUUGUUUGUCGUGAUCGCCCAUCAGGUUGAAGGGGAAUUCGAAACGCACUUCCGGUAAUUCGUUGAGUCCGUUGGGGGUCCAGAACAAGGAUCUCUCUGCGCUGCUUCGCAGACGGUACUAAUCAGAGUUUAGUUAUCGUCUGCACGCAGGCUAACUUUUCAAUCGCCCACACAAAAAUUGUAAGAUCCAGUUCUCGAUGAAUAUUUAAACAUUCAUUAUAUUUAGAGGCUCAAAGAUCCAACGGCGACGGCAACGAGAACCUGUCAAAAAAAAAUGUGCAUCACACUUUUUUUGUUCAUUUCUUAGCCUGCGAAAACAUCCGUUUCUCCGCGCUCUUCGCCGCUGGGACGUUUCGCGCAAAGAGUCCCCAGCGGCGAAGAGCGUGGAGAAACGGAUGUUUUCACAGGCUAUUCAUUUCUUUGCCCUUUUUGCACGACUACGACGUGAAAAUGCCUAAUAUCGCGAUUUAUGGAGAACGUUUAACUCCAGGAGAGUUCGCCAACAUUUGACAAAGAAGGUGGGUAGGAAUAAUCGCGAUGAAGACCAGACUGAAAGACAAGGAGUCAGACAAAAGCCCUAUGUCGUAAGGGGAAAUUUACUCAACGCUGAUUGGUCGAGUUAGAUCUAAUUUUUCGACGAGCAUCCCAGAGUCCACCGUGGAACGGAUUACCUUCAGCUCCCUUGACCAAGAGAGACUUGCCUUCUUUGCUCGUUCCUCAGACUUCAUUUCGCGGGGGCCGCGGGGAAACCAGUGGUGUCGUCGCGAAAUACCCUGUGGGGAUGAAGCUGGGGAAUUUUACCGACACCGACAAACUUUGGUAGCCCGCGGGCAAGCUCUCCAAUUAUGGAAGAACGCGCGAGUCUCCCUCUCAUCUCCUAUCGCGCCCGGCUCUGGCAUGACUCACUUCUAGCGACUGCCCUAACCUGCGAGGAUCUCAGGCUACGACUACCCUAACUGGAGAGCUUGCUUGCAUGCUGAUACCGACUCUGAUCCUGUGAUACUUUGUUAGCCAUGGCUACUAAUCGCCUAAAGAAAAAUAAUUUUUCCACCAUACGUCCUGUACAGCUGCCUUAUCAGUUAGCCUGCCGAGUUCCGGACAUGUUUUUAAAAUAUUCAUCCCCACCCCUCCCCAGUGCUGUCUCCCAUUCACGAAUGUCAAUAAACACAACCCAGGCCAGCCUUUCUUUACAUAACGAAUAAAAAAGAGUAUUUCAAUCACUUAAAAUUUUGUUUCUACUUUUGCAUUUAUACCUGUUUGUUACAAAAAAGUGUCACAAGUUUUUCUACCUACCAACCCAGCCACCCCAUAGUCGGAUUUGCAGAACGCGGAUUAAUGAUCUCUAAUAGUUACUGAUAAUCCAUUAACCCUAUUGCAAUGCAGUUGCUACAGGAGUCCGUUUAGCUGUGUUUAGGGACUUUGUAAUUUCUUCAUAUGUAGACAGGAUGUCUUUGCGAACUCUGCCCAUUUUAUUCCUUAAUCUUGGAGGAGAAAUGCUUUAUAUUUUGGACCAGCGACUGAGAGCGCAGUCGAUUCCUGAUGAGAAAGCUCGGAAAGGUAAGCAAGAAAAGUUCUCCCGGCGGCCUCAAAUAUGAGCUCUAUUAAAUAUGGCGUCCACCAAGAUUAUUUCCAUGGCGAGCGUAUUAACAAAUAAAUAUACGUUUUCUGUAGACAUUUGGAGGAAAAUAUGAAAGAUAAGGCAAAAUUGUUGUUUAGAGAAUUUCGCUGCGUGUGUUUAGGUUAAUAUUCAAGAUUGCGUUCGACUGAAGCGAGUUUGUGUUUUUGGUUUUUCGUGUUAGGCUACACUUCGUAGCCGGGCUCUUGGAAAUUAAAACUAGCCUACUGCAAAGUGCUUUUCUUAUUUGCUCAGCUGCCAUAUGUUUCUUAGAAUGGCUACCUGCGUGUUGAUCUAUUUUCUUCUCUUUGUUGCUCAGGUUAAUCACAUUUCUGAAUGCUUUAAAUUUUAAAAGUGUUGUUGUCUUAAUCAUACCUUUUGUUGCGCCAAAGUUCUGUCGUAGGAAAAGCUAGCGUUGUGGGAUUGCUGUCAAUCAUGACCAGGGUUGAAUACUGGACUGGAGGGUACAAGCUUAAUAAAACUCAAACUGUAUUUAAGCUUACACAUACGUGAAAUUUUAGUUUGUGAGCUUAAAAAAUCCUCAAGAGGAGAAGACUGCCAAAUGUCUAGCUUAUUUUAAACGACUUUUGACUGAAAUGUUUAACAGGAAAACAAGCAAUUGAAAAAUUGUUAUUUCUGUCUCGAACUGUUACAAAAAGCGUUGUAGAAUAUAUUUUUCAUAAUUUUUUCCUUGCGUAAAACUUUCUAUGUAAAGGUUUAGUUCAAGCAGUAUCAUUUAGAAUUUUCUUAUUGACUGACAGCUGGAGAAGCUAAAAUUAGAAAAAGGAAGUUCUCUGAAAUUUUUAUCAGGGUUUGCGGCACAUUUCCAUGCAAAUUUGUCAAAGUAUUUACAAUACCCAGGUUUUUGGUCCUUUCUUAUGGAAAUUUCAAUUUUUUGAAAUUAAGUAAAGGGCGGCACCGAGUUUUAUGGAAUAAUAUUUAAGAUUUCUUUUUCUUUUUUGGCACUUGUGAGAUAAAUCAAUGACAAUCAGUCAAAUCAAUUUGCAUAAAAUUUGUCUGAAACUUAAAAGACUAUUAAGACAAAUUAUUUGCAUUGUAUUAUCCUCUUUAUGACAUAACAACAAGAGUUCUUUUGUUUCUUGGAUGGCAGCUUUAUAUUUUUCAUCUGCGUUUUUUUUAACUUCAUAAUUUCAAGCUAUUGUCAUUCCAGAGCACUGAUCAUUUAAAGCUAUCUUUUUUCUUGUUCCUGGCUAACUUUUUUAGUUGACAAGACAUUUGAGAGUAGUUAAGCAAUAUUAAGAUCUCUUUUGGAUUUUUAGCCUGCCUUUAACUGAGAGUUUUCCUCCAUAUUAUAGCAAAUGAAUCUGAUCCAUGCACUCAGAUGUGUGUAAUAAUUAUUUUAUCUCUGGAUAAAACAAGGCAUGAAAUUGAAAUGUUAGAUGCCAUUGUCUGCUGUUAUCCACAAUGUAUAGCUUGGAGAAUUACGCCUUAAUAGUCAAAAUAAAUUGCACACUGGCUAUUAGGGGUGGCAAAUGGUAAAAUCCGUGACUUGCCGAGACGCCGAGAUCCUAGUUAAAAAUCCGAGCCCGAGACCCUUUGGUGAAAAUUUUCGAGACUCAAAAAAGUGAAAACAAACCUUGAAAAAACGAGACUUCGAGACUUACCAAAAACGCUUCCGAGAUUUCGAGAUCCUGCCAAAAUUUUCCGAGACCCACGUUUUCCGAGGUACCAUUCAGCACCCCUGCUAUUGGCAAAGGUUCUUGUUGAGAACUUUCUAGGGUUACAUUGUACAUACAGUUUUACACUAGACAAGUAAAUUUGCAAGCAAAGAAGCGGUGGGUCAGACUUGUUGCGUGUUACAGUCAAACCAAGUCAAGGCCGUACCCCCCAAGAUUCUAUCAGUGAAUUGAUUAUUUGAAAAAUGAAUCCAUUAGUCGUUCCCGUAACUGGUGUCAAAUUCAAACCUUCAUUUCUGCAUGCGUAAUGAGCAGUGAAUAUUUUACGAGAACUUCUCUGUAUUUGGUCAGAUUGGAAAUCUUUGAAUAGAUGAAGCUUCUUAGAAGACAUUUACAUCAAUUUCAGGAAAAUGGAGCUGGUAGAAAUUUCAUAACUGUCUCGCGUGUGAAUUCACGGCUCAUUACGCAUACAAGAAUGCAGAGAUCAAUCUGAAAUCUACAACUAGCAAUGGAUUCAACUUUUGAAUAAUAAAUUCAUUAAUGGGUUCUUGGGGGGUACGCUUGACCUGGUUUGACUGUAAUAAAGUGUACGUGGUAAGUGAGCAGAAGUGUGUUUAUCAAUGGUUAAUUGUGGAUGGGGAGCAUUUUAAUUCAAUUUCCAUCAUAGAGCGGCAGUCCAAUGCAUUCUCUCUGCCUUCAUGCACAUGAACCUUUCUGUUUUGGAAAUCAACUUUUCUCUUGUUUUACUCAGUGUUAUACACUGUUCAAAUUUGGAAUCGUUCAGAGUCAAUACAGAGAUUGUUAUCAUAACCUUCAACUGGCAAUUAUUGUGAGAUAUGAACCUUGGACCAUUAGUUUGUUACUUGCCAGUAGAUAACUGACUUAUCUGUAGGCUGCACACGUAGUGCAUGAGUUCCAAGAGGAAUACAUCAAACUGUGUUUCAUAGUGACAUUGCAUUUCUUGUUGUUUUCUUCAAAACUAUAUAAAAUAUAUAUAUAAUAAUAAAAUAAUAAUAAAACGCUCAUUACAACCAACUUUCUCUGAGGCAGACAAUGCUAGGACUGACUGAAGAAUGACAGGGACAAACUUUAGUACAUCCGUUUUAGGAGGUUAUCUGUUUCAAAGAGGUGUCUGUGAGAUAGAGUUACUCUCUGUAUUCAUACACAAGGCCCAGAAAUGCACUAUUAUAUAUGCUUCAAAAAAUUCAAGGAUCUUUCUUGACAGUUAUACUUGAUACAGAGAUGGGUGAAGCUAUAUUCAAAUUUCCCUAGUUAUACUACUAGAUGAAAAAUUUCCGCAAUUUGAUUGGCUUAGAGUAGUGGUAUUUCAGCUUAAUUUGAAAUACCUACAUGAAUGUGAAAAUUACAAACCUUUUUUAGGUAGUAGUAUAAACAAAUAAUAGCAUGAUUUGUACAGGAUAUUUGGCAUAAAUACCACUCAUGCUAUUUCAAAAUUGUCUCAAAUUUCAAUUAGGUAUAACAAUUAAUUGAAAUAUUACUUGUGGUAUUUAUGCCAAAUAUCACUACAAAUCAUGCUAUUACCUAUACGAACUGGCUUGGGGUGGGCGCGUAUAUGUUACAGGUCAAAUUUGAUUUCAGGUUAAUUUUGAUUUCUCCUAAGUUGAUUCUCAAUUUCCUUUGUCUCUUAGGGCUAGGAGACAAAGAAUUUGAAAAUCAACCUAGGUUAAAAAAUUUCAACUUGAAUUUAAUUUUGGCCUGUAACAUAUAAUUUAUUACAUACAGUUUAACACAAGAAUAAUACUUAUAAAUCAUGACUUUUAACUCUCCUGUUCCCUUUAAGUUAUGCAUGAUAUUGUUGGCACUAUGUUCAACAAGCGUUUCAUGGAAGAGCUUUUCAAGCCACAGGACACCUAUUCCAAGAAAGCUAUGAGGACAGUGUUUGACAGACUGGCCCAUGCCUCAAUCAUGAGAUUGAACUCAGCAAGUAUGGAUAAGGUAAAACCUCACCUCAUUUUCUGACAUUCCCCGAAAUUUCUUGCAAACUUUAUCUGUGAAAUAUGCCUCCGUAUUUUGCCUUGCAUGCAGAAGCAGUUUAGAUCUUAUCAGGUAACCAUUAUUCAGCAGUGCUUACUAGCUAUUGCUUGAUUAUGAUUGGAAUCCACACUUGUUAUCUAGAAUUUGGCAUUCACUUCACACAAUACAGUCAACUAUUGUCAUUGCAGACACUUUCUUAAAUUCUAGGGGUCCAUAGUAGUGAGGCUUCUGUAAUAGUGGGAGGUGAGAAGAAAUCACACAUCAUUGGCUUCAGCUAGACCAGGAAUACAGCGUCUCUCCUCACUCCUUGCCACUAAAAAUUUUUCGCAAGAGAAACGUCUACAAUUUGGCCCCCAAAAUUCCACACUGAUGACGUACAUUUGUCCAGAAUCUGGUCGACUAGCACUGAUUGGUUGAUGCACAUGUAUGCAAUAAUAAUAUUCUUUUAGCUAUUUUUUUUUCAAAUAACAGACAAAAGACAAAUGUUGACAAGAUAAAAUGUAAAUGCACUGAAUCUACUAAAAAGUAGUCAUUAUUAUUUGUGGAAUAUAUUAAAUCUUCUUUACACCAAGCAUUUGAAUUUUGCUGCCACUCGUUCGCAAAAGAAGUCAAGACUUUUUGAUAAUACAGACCAGGAGAAACAUCAUAAGUCAAACAAAUUUACAUCCGGAACCCCAUGACUACCUGAACUGAUUUGUGUCAUCAAUAUGGAAUUUUGGGGUCAGAGUUGUGCUAAGCUGCCUCUGCCAAGAAACACAACAAGGGGCAACAAGUGAUAGGAGAGACAGCUUUUUUUCGCAGGCUACAUGUGGUACCAAAAAAAUUUUCAGACUGAGAGGAUCAUUAAUGGUACUAAAUUGUCAUUAAUUUGCUAUUAAAAGAUGUUAAUUAUUCUUAUGUAAUUAGACUUUUCUAAGCAAGUCUUAAUUUAUGAGAAUAGACCUUUUUAUUGAUACAGUGGCCAUAUUUAAUUAAUUGGAUUAUAAGGAGUAUUAUGUGAUGCCCAGGGGGCAUGAGCAAUAUCCGAUAUACUCGCAUCUGUAUUUAUGCGGGCUUUUGGGGCCAAUUUUUCUUCAAGUUUUCUUAGAAAAAGAUUGUAAUGGAAAAAAAAAAUUGUUGUGCUGUGUAAAUGAUCACCUUUUUGCCCAGAAAUAUACAUUGAAGUUCUCUCUUUUUGUCGAAAAGUGCGCAUAAAUACUGAGUGAGUGCUGGGCCCUGGGCAUCCCCAUAAUACUCCGUAAAUCUAAUAAAUUCAAUAUGGCCACCAUAUCUGUAAAAAGUUAGAUUCAUUUAUUUGCUAACAGUUUGUGUGUGACUGCGUGUGUCUUAUUUUUAUUGGCAGCUCUAUGAUUUAAUGACCAUGGCUUUUAAAUACCAGGUAAAUGUUCAGUCCACUAAAGUAGAAAAUAUGUAAAAGCUUGAGUAAAACUGAGCAGCCAAAAAAAAGAAACUUGAAGAAUUGCUGUCCGCAAUUUAGUUAGCGUAGCACGUUUCUUUAAUUUGAUUCUGGGUAGGUGUUUUUAUUAUCUCUUAUCUUCAGAGGUACCUAAUGUAAUAUGCAUGAGAUAUUUUGGUCAUAUAGUAGAAAAGAAAAUCUGUUUGGACACCAUGUAUUAUUUGAUCAUUUUACUAAAGGUUGGUUCAUUUGGAUCACAGUGGAACCGGUGCCUUACGGCCACCUUGGUAAUACUGGCACCUCAAUAUUACGGUCACACUUUUUCUGCCCAGCAAAAUGGCCAUACAUAAAAAAAACCUGUUAAUGCAGUCACCUGUUAAUAUGGCCAAUGGCCCCAUUUUAAAGUCCCAAACAGUAGAAUCUUUUAUAAUUUCACCCCGUUAAGACGGUCAUUCUUUCCAAAUUUAGAACUGAAUUAAAAUGCUUGUGACUUGUCAAUUUCAUUGACUUGGUAAGCUGAGCCUGAUCUUUUGACAUGAUCCUGUACUUUUUUUAGACUACAGUACACUUAAAAUGCAUAUGUGGCAGUUUGAUAGCCGAUUUUCAAAAGCGUUUAAUGUACUGAAGGAAAGUUCAAGAGGUGCAAAUGCAAAGUAUGAUGUCUUUGUUAUUAUGGCGCUCAAGAUAUAAAAUUUGACCCUAUCUGGUAAUGCAGCCACCCUGUUAAUACAGCCAAUUUUUUUUUUUACCCAUUGGUGACCGUAUUAAUGGGGUUCCACUGCAAUACAUUGCCUCCAAAAACAAUCCCUCAUCUUUUCCAUUAGGAUUUUGGUACCACUGGAAUACUGGAAUUCUUAACGGAAUUUAACUAGCUAUUGUUGGAGGAUACAUGUAUCUGUGAAAACGCCAUCCAGUUGAGAAUGUCUAGUGUUUAUUUCUAUCCGUUAAUUCUUAUUCCGUAAUAUAAUCAGCAGGAAUAAGCCUUACUUGAAUAACGUUGUGAUUCAUCAUUUUACAUUGUUUGUAGUUGUUCAUGGUAGGUGUUGAUGAAGAGCUUACAUUUUGCCUUCUGUAUGGUUAUAUAAUAAUAUUGUUAUUGUUACUAUUCUUAUUUUGUUAGGUGUCACUGUGCCUCAGACCAUCUGAUGUUCUUUUAGUCACAUACAAUCACAUGGAUGCCAUUAGAGGCUUUGCUUGUGAUAAUCCAGCUAUCAGUAGUCAAGUGGAAAAUGUCUACAAACUUUUGUAUGAGGUAAGUUAACUUAACAAUUUUUUUGGCACCUGGGGAAACAGGCUUUAUAAGCAAACAUACCCUAUGGCUUUGUCUGGAAAUGGAGCUGGCUUAAUGUAUGAUCAUGAUAAGUGGCUACUUGCGGAAUUCUAACAAAUGUUUGCACAGCUAAUACUGCUUAAUGGGAAUGUGUAAGCAGGGCUGUUGCUAAGAGCUGGCUGCCGGCUAAUUUCAGUGGCUGAAAAAGACCUACCUGUCUGGCUCAGAUCAGUCUGAAAAACAAAUGAAGAGAGGGGGUAAUUUUGAAUGUGAAGUUGCAUAAAAAGCCUGCUUGACUAUUAAAAGAAAAAAAACCUGCAUACUAGUUUUUCCUCAGGUGCAUCUCUGGUAGAGUUUAAAUUUUGUCAAAUGGUAUAAUAAUAUGUGCAUACUCAUUCUAGAAUUUUAAAACAUUUUCAACAUAUUUCUCACUGCACUUACACUACAUGUAGUAGUAUCUAUUAGAAAACACAAGCAAGAAAAAAUUAAUGCUACAAACCGAUAUUUUGGAGUCAAGUUCAUUAUGAUUGGAAUAAACUGUGAGAUUAUGAAAUUAGAUAUAUUCUAAUCUUUUUUAACUUGAUAAUUAUGGUGUCAUGAGGACUCUGAAGCAUAGUUAUUAACAAGUUGGGUUUAUUACCUUGACUAGACAUAUGCCGGUUUGACUGCAGGCCAGUUUCAAAUCAUCCGUCAGACUCUUCUUUCAUUUUUCCAAGACAUGCAUAUUAGGGUAAGUGCACUUUGUUUCCAGUUAGUGAAAGUCAUCUUAUUCUGUACCAACUUUAAUUGAUUUAAUUGAUUGUUAACAUUACAUUAUUGAGGUCUGCAGACCACUCCCUGAUUUUAUGGGAUGAAUAUUAAGAAUGUUUGCCAUUUUAUUGGUUGUGCAUACUUACCCUGUUUCCAUGCAAGCUAUUAAAUUGCUUCAUUUUCACGCCAAGAACAUGUGAUAUGCACAUGUUCUUCACUGCCUCUCUAAACCAUGCAAUAUAGCAAACAAAGUGGAAUCUCAACUGCACUCUAUUAAUUUGUAAUUACUAUUAGUCAGUAGGAGUAAGUAUGGCUUUUGAAGCACAAAGCUAAUGAGGGCUCACUUCGUCUCCGCAAUUCCUUGAAAAUCCCUCAUUUGGUGCUUCAAAUUUGAUGUUGGACUAUUUCUAGUCUAAUAAGUGACUUGAGUCUUCAAGUUAGUGUCUUUGGUAAUGGCUGGUAUUCCUUCUGUAAGUGUCAUAUUCUUACCAGUUAUUGCUUGGAGUCGUUAACAAUAUUUGAAUUUUGUUACAUUGAAAAUUCCUUUAAAGAGUUCUUGAAUCAACAUAUUUGCUAUGCUUAACAGUUGUUUAAAUUAAUUAUGCAGCAAUUAUUAUGCUUAUUCACUAGCACAGCCUAUGUUUUUUUUGCAAAAUUAUUUUGCUUUUAGUCAAGUAAAUUUUUUUAAAUUCUCAUCAAAACGCUGCAUUUCCACAUACUUAAUCAUGAAUUAAUUUCCUAAUUCAUUUUCAACUUGUUCCUUUGUGUGCCUUUGACCAUGAUGUGCUCCAAACAAAGUGAGACAGUAAGAUAGUGAUUUACAGCUGUCGUAUAGUUUUGCGAUCGUUGCUCUCUUCCAACUUACAUCCUAAUACUUUUUUCUAACCGCAUGUCUCACUCUGGUCAUGUUUCAGGUUUCUAUAUUUCUUAAGGACAAAGUUCAAAGUGCAAAUGGUAAAUUUGUACUAACAACUGACGGCGCUGUGCCAUGGGAUUCUGAGGUACCAGGGGCCAUCAGGUAAGGAAACAUAGUCUUAUUAGACUAUGAGCAGUCUCCCUUUUUUCUUAGUCGGUCGAGGAAAACGUGCGACACAUGAAAAUGACCGCGCACAUGACUGAAGACGCGUGACGGGAGAGGCGCGGCCGCACAUAGAAAAAGAAUGAAAUUUUGAAUUACACAGAUAUGGUCGAUUUAGUAGCAGCCUUAAAACGUCUUAAAUUUCGAGCCUACAGUGCUGGGCAACAACGUAGCUGGCCAAAUUGUUCCAUUCGCGCAUGACUCUAACAGAGAAAGAGUCCCUCCCGUUUUCAUGCAUUUUUGUUAAAUGUCUCCAGCUGAAAAUGGGCACCCUUGCUGGUAGAAACUCAUAGUUUGGUUUUAGAAGUCUGAAAAUUGCAUCUACAUGUAGUAUCUUUAAACCAUAGCUUGUACUCAAAUACUAGGACUCACUGGGUUAUUUUUACAUUAUUUCCGGCGUGAACUGCUGUAGGUAUUUUAGCGACGAUGGCCAGAUUACCAGGACAAGUCAUUUUGUAACCGGAUGUCGACAUCAGCUACCUGACAAACCAGGAUCAUUUGAACUUUUGGGUGACAGAGUUAUCAAACUUGGCAGUAACAUGUAAGUUAAAUGGAUUAGCACUUGCUUUCAAGUCUGCACCGCUUUCUGGCUGAAGUUUCCCAUUUUUCCUGGUUUACACUUGUUAGCUAUAAUAUCACAAAAGCGUACAACUCAUGUUUCGCUGCGAUCGUUGAAGUGUUGUUGAACAUGGCGAUCUGUGACCUUUUUAAGUGAUCACAGUGAACCAGUGGAAACAAGGUUUAGUUUUUGUGUUUGUGAACAAUAUUCUCGGGUACUUUGAACUACGGCUGUGGGUGCGCACACGAGCACACCUGUUGGGCAUGCUAUUCUUGUAUAAAUAAGUGUGGCCAAAAAUCGUAAAAGUUUCUUUUAAUUAUCACCAGGUACACGGCCUCAAGACCAGUAGAAACAGUACCUAGCAGCUCUGUUCCUUCAUCUACUUCCGGUGCUUCUACUGCAGCAAACAAGACUCCCGGAAGCUCUGUAUCAGUUACGUCUGAAGUGGUACGAAAACUUUGUCGCCUCCCACGCAGAUAUUCUUGGGACUUCGCCUCGGAACGCCUGACGAAGUCCUAUGAACGUCUGCGUAGAAGGCUACCGCCAACUUUAUUUAUCUUUUGUUCUUUCAGUUCUCUUCUAGUCACAUCAGGUAUAGGUAAUCUAUGUUUGGACCAACAAAUUUCUGUGUUUACGGUUGCCCACGCAGAAAUAACGUUUACCGAUCGUUCGCAUUCGCCGGCGUGUGUGAGGCUGACCGAAGGAGUAAACGCGGAAGUUUUUAUGUACGCGUUUACUAUUUCAUACAAACGCGUGUGUAAGUUUUCUUAAUAAACGCACUCAGUACAAAUUCUUCUUCACUCUCGACAUUCUGAAUUAUUAGUAUAGAUGACCGCAACUGCAAAAUGCCUCCUGUUGAACUACUAAGAAAAAAAGUGGUUUAAACUCAGGCCACAACGAUAUUUCUUUAAAUCGCUUCUCAAAUGCCUCUGUCUUCAACUUUUGUUGUGAUUUGGUGAAUUGAAAACUUUUGAAAAAAAAAUCUGCUGUAUAUCCAAGUGACAAUCUACUCUUCUGAACAAAUGCAAAGAAGAUACUGACAGUCAUUUCUUUCAUAGCCUGAGAAAACAGCCGAAAUUUCCCGAUUGGUUGAAGUUUGCUUCAACCAAUCAGCACGAACAACCGAGAUCUGGGUGGUGUCGCGUCAUCAGUAUGUUUUUUUCUGCGCACUUUUCUCAGACGUCAUUUCGCGGGGAUGGCGUCGCGAAAUGUUGGCUGUUAUCGCAGGUUAUAUCUUUCAAGGUUUCCUGUUGUUGUCAUAGUUUUUUUGUUGUCUUUCUUGUUUGCGUUAUUAGCUGAUGUGACGUUUGCCUUUCUGUGUUUUUACAGGAAUCGUCAGAGAACCCAAACCCACUGGCCAAAGCUGAGCUGAAUCUGCUGGCUCAUCUCGUUGGUGGGGCAAAUAAAAAAACAGAAAGUAAGUUAAUCUCCAAAAUUCAAAAAAAAAUUCGCCUUUCUUGUCUCAUAAGUUUGUUACAGAAGUAGUAGGGAGAAUUUAAAAAAUAUCAUGAGAAUUAAUAAAAAGGACACUCAAGAACAUGCACACGCGCUAGCCUGCGAGCAGGCUCACGAGUUGGUGUAUCGCCUUGCAUUAUUUUCGUGUUACUCACGCAAGAUGUUAGAACCCGGCAGUAGUGAAUAAAAAUGAGCUUCGGAGCUCGGUCUCUCACUCUCUUGCUACCGUCCUCGCUCUGACCCGAGCCUGCAAGCACGCGACGUACAUCCUGCCAUAUACUUUACACAGGAAGAGCUGCUUUGAGCCCUUUUGAAUUUUUUAUUUUAAGAUAAGCAAUAUGGUAACAAACCUAUAAUUCAAUACAUAACUUAUCGUGAUCCCUCAGCUGGUGCACACACACCACUUAACUCCUAGCAGCCUCUAGUCUCAGAGCAACUUGCGUAGCUGAACUGAAGGACUACCAGCUGUCUGAUUCACAGUAGCCUCCCACGAAGGCGUUUUUAGGGGAGCUCAUCACAAACGCCUGCUCAACCGAAGACAACAUUCCUUUCCCAAGCGUAGCCAAUCACAUUGUACUUUCCAAAUUCUGGAAAGAUGACCUUGACCGCAGGGUAAUCUGAUAAUUACUCGAUCUGCAUGAAACACUGGGAAAGCUUUCUGACCUCUGGUAAAUGUUAGAUUAAGAGCGGCAAAAGUAAAAUUUAGUCUCAUUUUAGAAAACUCCAAGCACUCCAUAACCUUAGCGAAGGAAAGAAAAGAAGGAAAACGGUAACUCUAAGGUCACGUUUUAGUCGUGUUUAGUCUUUCAACACUUUAUUUCAAAACUGUUGAUUGGUCACUUACCACGCAAAUAAAACAAUGAGAAAGGAAUGUUGUUUUCGGUUGAGCAGGCGUUUGUGGGGAGGGAUGAAAAACGAGCUCCCCUAAAAACGCCUGCGUGGGAGGUUAGCUUCACAGCUGCUACGGCUGUUGAAUAAAUCCAGCCUUGGCUUAUGUCUCACGAGAAAAGUAACUGGAAACCAAACGGCGUCAUCAUCAUUGUCGUCAUCACUUCUAAAUUCAUCAUCAUGUUCCUCACAGCCCCAUUUUAAUAGACACUUCCACGGUUUUUCAACUUUCGACUGGGACCGGUUAGCGAAACCCGUCAACACAGCCGGUAAGAACGCCUUAAAAUCAGUAAAGUUGCCAAGUUUGAAAGUGAUUUGUUGAAAACUAAUAACGAAGAAUGGUUGGAGAGCAGUUCGUGCCCCCCAGCAUUCACACGUCUGUAAAAUUUCGCGACUCUAGGGAGCAAUAUCUUUGCUCUCUUUGGACGUAUUACCUUUAAACUUGGUAAGUUAGCUUAUUUUAAGGCGCUUUCCAGUCAAUGGAUAUUUGCUUACUUCUCUUUAUCACUGAGAAGUUGAGAAAAACCGUGGAAUUGUCUGUUAUCGUUAGUUUUAUUAUCGUACAUAUUUGACGGAGAUACCUAUAGCUGUUUUCAUGUCCAUUGUUAAGCGGUUUACUCACUAUUAUUUUCUGUUCGUGUUGUAGGUCAGUUUAGAUUAAACCUUUUCAAUACGGAUGAAGAAGAAGAGUAAGUUUUCUGUUGCUUUUAUUGUUCAAAGCCUGCGUGUUUGGCACAUUAUUUGAGUUAACUAAACGGAAACUUACCACGUGUUGUAAACAGUCUCAGCUCUGAGACCCUGUAGCCAGUUCCUGAGAAGUUAGGACACGAGCUUAUGUCGAUCUAGGAAAAUGUUAGGCAACGACGACGGCGUUGGCAACAAGGACUUCAAAAAAGCAAAACAACUACUCUGCACGUGCAGCACGUUUUUUUGUACAUUUCUUUGCCGUCACUGCACGACUACGACGUGAGAAUGUCUAAUUUCAAGUUUCGUGGAGGACAUAAACAAGCGAUAACGAAGUUUUCUUUCUCUUUCUAAACUUGAGUGCGGUCCCUAAGUGAUCAAUUCUAGGGAAAUUCGCCUACAUUUGGCGAAUUGGUGUAAACGCGACAAAGUUUAAAAGAAAAAAACGCGAAUUCGUUUCAAGAGUAACGUUUUUCAUUUGCUGCCGUCGCUGUCGUCGAUGCUAAAGCUCCCUAUUACUAACAUGGUAAAGCACCCAAAACAGUCAUUUGGGAUUCCCUGAGCUGCCAUCGGUACCCCGUAUUUAACGCGCAGUGUGAAGGUUUUAUAUUGGAAAGAAGCUGAAAGACAAAAUUUCUUACUUCAUCGAUUCUCUUGCGAAGGUAAAUUGACUGCAGGGAAAUACAAACCUGAACUUUUGAGUGCUAAAACGAGAUCCCGCUACUUUGUACCAACUGUAAAUUCGCUGUGUUUCUUGCUACAGACAAGCAGCUAACCAGGCUCGCAAGGAAGCUCCUCACCGGGUCAUCAAAAUUGACGCCACGAAGGUAAGAGGAGAAAAGUAAGGCUGUAUUGUUAGGUUCCACUCGAGGAAGAGGAAAAGCGCCCACGCACGUAGCGUACUCGCGUCCUCUCCUUUCUCCUUCCUUUUGAAACGUACGCCACGUUGGCUAUGCUCGCGUAAACACGCACGCAAUUCCAUUUCUACCUCUUCAAACAAAUUUGCACUUCACUUAGAUAUUAAAUUUUAGUGUAGUUCGUAGCAAACCGAGCAAGUUGAUAGUUUUGACAGGGUAAAAAUACAGUGGGAUGUUUUCUUGCUAAAUCUCUACACGACUUAACAGUGUAGGUGAUGCAGUUAGAUCUUCUGGGAAUACGGGCAGUUUUUUCAACUUUUGACUGGGACCAGUGAGCGAAAAGCCAUCAGCACGGUUGCAAAGAACGCCCUAAAAUCAGUAAAGGUUUUCAAGUUUGAAAGUGAUUGAAGACAUACAGCUCCGCAAAGUCGCCGCAUUUUACAGAUGGUGAGGGACAAGUUCGUGCUAACAUGCCACAAUGCAAACGCCUUUAAUAUUUCGCGAAUUUGUGGGGCAAUACCUUCUUUCUCUUUCGAUAUAUCACCUUUGAAUUUGGUAAUUAAGUUACCUUAUUUUUAAGGCCCUCUCUUCAGCAGUGUCGAUGGAUAUUCACGUACUGCUCUGUAUCAAAAGAUGAGAAAACCCUGGACUAACGUUCUAUUCAGAUAUGCUUCGUAACGAUGAGAGUCGUUUAAAAGUUUGAGAUCAUGGAUUACUAACUGCCGUAGAACUGCUUUAGUCUUAAAAGUCAAGAUAACGACUGACAGUUGUUUUUGUUGUUUCUUUUUUCGUUCAUAGAAGACACAGAGGCAAGAGCUGGCGCAUUUGAUGAAUGAGUUUUCAAUUGAAGGAACUGGUGACCGUAAGUUCAAUAUUUGAUAUAUUUCCAGAGAACACAGGUGACAGAAGCAGUUCAACUGGCGAUUUUGAUUCUAGAUAAAAACCGAAUGUCCUUGGCAUAUCACACGCUAGCGCACCUGGCCCCGGUUGUUCAAACGUUGGAUAGCGCUAUCCACCGGAUAAAAAUCUAUCAAGUGGAUAACGCAAUUGGUUUCCCUGAUACUUAUCCGCUGCGUAGUGAUUUAUCCGGUGGAUAGCGCUAUCCAACAUUUGAACAACCGGUGCCAGGAAAUACUUCUCCGUCAGUAGCCAAACUUAGGUUUUUUUUCUAUAUAGAUCGUUUUUCCCUUCUCUUAUUUUACACACAUAUAUCUCAGUAAUUGUUACUUUCGCCUUACUCGACGGAAAACUCAAACUAAAUACUGUAGCAGGGCUGCAUUAAGAGUCGGUCGGUUAUCGAGCAAUGUCUGACUAAAAUUUUCUCAAUGAUGACUUGACAAAUGCCAAAUGCUUAAUAUACAUGUAUGCCCUUUUCCUUACGCCAUUUAUUCAUCCUUUUGUUGUUGUUGUUCUUUUCGUUUCAACACUUGUUAUGCCCAUUUGAUUCCUUAAUGACUGUUUUUCUUCUAGGUGAAAAAGGUGAUGAAUUGUUGGAUUUAAUGGACCAAGCUUGACCGCGACUCCUGUAGUUAACUUAAAAUUAAACUUGAAACUGAAGACGUAAAUAGAUGUGUUCCAGUUCUUCAUUUACUUAUGGCCUGAUUACAUGAGCUGCGCCGGCCCGGUUGCCAAAGUGAGCCCGGAGCGGCCAUGUUCACCGGGAAAUUGGAAGAAGAUAGACUGUGAGCAGUCUCUCUUUUUCUUCAGAUUUAGUUAGGGGAGUGCACGCGCGCGCGAGCUUGCGUGUCUCGGGCGUUUUGCCCGACGGACCAGGAAAAAAGAGAGACUACUCGUAGUCUAGGAAGAAGAGUGCAUGAGCAGUGUGCUGCCCGCAUUCCCGCAGCUGGGAUCCCAGUAUCGCAAUACAAUGUUGCGUUUAACUGAGGGACGGAGCAUUAGAAAACUUAUGGCGGUUGCGUGCGAAGUACAAAAAAAUAUUCGCGCAAGGGAAAAUUAAAAGAAAAAACAUUCAUGCACACCCAGUAACCAUUAAAAAUAUUCAUGCAAUGGCCUAAAAAAU